AUGACGGGCUUUGAAGAGUCCGACAAGCUCUGGACGCAUGCAUACGCAACCACUCCACCAAAACUCUUGUCACUCGUAUUCUCAUCUGCCGCAUUCGCUGACGCGCGUCUCUUAUUCUUCUUUUCCCCGAAACAGGCCAAGAGAUAUAUUCUAGAUCCUCUGACCGCUCCGGAACCCUCGCAAGAGACUGGUCCAGGCUCCUCCCACUACAACGUUCAUCUCCGCGCCUCCCGACCCAGCUCCUCCGGCACCGCGCCGCCCUCGCCGCCCCACCGCGCCGACUCCAAAAAAGCCGGCAGCCGUCAUCACAUUCUCGCAAAGCGCUCGCCCAGCCUCAGCAGCAACGACGACGCGCGAGACCCAUUUACAGAUAGCCGCGCUUCUACCCACUUCUUCAAUAAAUCGACGUCGCCCGAGUCUACCGGCUUCCUCAAGCCCGCGCCUUCGUUCCGCCGCGCCCGCCGCACGUCCAACCUCGACACGCACCACGAAGAGACGCACGCGCACCACACCGGCCUCGUCUCGCCACCCCAGUCCCCCGACUCCGUCACGUCUGACAGCGCCGUCGCCGCGCAGCCCUCCACACUCUCUCCCACCGCCGCCUACCACAGCGACCGCCUACCUAUCCGCUGCGCCAGCGCCCGUGGUCCAUCCCCCCGGUCUCACCAGGACCACCAGCCGCACUCCCGUAGCCGCAGCGACGGCCACUCCCGCCAGCCGCAACAGCAGCGCCCCUCGCGUCCUCCCGGCGCCCUCCCGCAGCGCUUCCCCGGCGACAUGUCUCACCGUCCACUCGACAUGAUUCGGCGCGAGACGCGCGCCGCUGACCGCCGCCACCGCAAGCGCUUUUCCGAGGCUGACACCAUUGAUCUUCUCGACACCAUCGGCCCAACCUACCACCACGACGGCCCGUACGACGCCACGCUCGCUAGCCGCAACGUCAACCCACGCUACGCGCCCGUCGAGGCCGUCCGCGACUCCAACAUGGCCGCCCUGCGCGCCACCCCGCGCGAGUUUAUCCAGGACGCUCUUAUCCACCACCGCCCGCUCCAGGGCACCGCUACCAUCCCCAGCGGCGGCGUCGACGCCAGCGGUAACGUCCUCGUCUAUGAGGAGGGCGCUGAUCUGAUGCGCGAACCCGACGCGCCCGGCGGCGCCUACCGCCGCUACGAUUUCAUCGACUACCACCCGGAUGAUCUCAAGGGCAAGGGCGAGCCGUCUUUUUCGAUUGAGCGGGAUCAGAAGAAGGGUAAAGGACAGGCUGAAGCCGGCUUCGAGAUGGAGAGUAACCCGCUCAUGGCCAAAAGCUUGCGGAGACGCAGUAGCCUGCCGAGUGGCAGAUCCUCGGGCGCCCAGACGGGCGGCAGCGGCGAUGAGGGGCAGAGCCUGGGCCGCCAAAACUCGACGGGGCGUCGCAUCAGCCAAGGCUUGAAGCGUCGCUUUGGCAGCCUGCGCCGCAAGAAGAGUCACAGUCCGGAUCUUGAAUAG